AGCUAAAUUGGUUGGUUAAUAGUAUCUUUAACAGUUAGUAAGUUGAAACAUUUAUAUAAGAUUCUCGGAACUGAAGCCUCAAAGCACAAGACCAUCCUCAUUCCUCAGAUUAUCUGUUUCCAAUACUGUAACCCCAUUUUCAAAGCUCAUUGCUGAAGAGAAAUUGAAAAGCAUGGGGUAUUCAACUUAUUUCUUGGUUUCCUUGCUUCUGGUUGUAAUGUUCAAUGUGGCUAAAGGACAGCCUCUAGUCCCAGCAAUGUUCAUAUUUGGGGACUCUGUCGUUGAUGUGGGAAAUAAUAACCACUUAUACACUAUUGUUAAAGCAAACUUCGCUCCUUAUGGAAGAGACUUCAAGAAUCACAUGCCAACAGGGAGGUUUUGCAAUGGAAAGCUUGCAUCAGACUAUACAGCUGAAAACCUUGGAUUUACCUCUUACCCACCAGCUUACCUCAACUUAAAGGCCAAAGGAACGAACCUCUUGAAUGGUGCCAACUUUGCCUCGGCUGCUUCUGGCUACUAUGAUUCUACAGCCAAAUUAUAUCAUGCAAUUCCAUUGAGUCAGCAGCUGGAACACUACAAAGAUUGCCAGAAUAUAUUGGAGGGAAUAGCAGGGAAAUCAAAUGCUUCAUCAAUUAUAUCUGGUUCUAUAUAUCUUAUAAGCGCAGGGAACAGUGACUUUAUUCAGAACUAUUACAUAAAUCCUCUGCUUUACAAGGUUUACACUGCUGAUCAAUUCUCAGACAUUCUCAUACAACACUAUGCCACUUUCAUUCAGAAUUUAUAUGCACUUGGAGCAAGGAAGAUUGGUGUAACAUCAUUACCUCCAAUGGGUUGUCUCCCAGCAGCCAUCACUCUUUUUGGCUCUGAUAGCAAUGAAUGUGUGGCCAGGAUAAACAGUGAUGCUAUUAACUUCAAUAAAAAACUAAACACCACAUCUCAGAGCUUGCAAAAAUUGCUUCCUGGAAUUAAAGUGGUUAUCUUUGAUAUCUACCAACCUCUAUUUGACCUUGUCACUAAGCCUUCUGAAAAUGGUUUUUUUGAAGCAAGGAAGGCUUGUUGUGGAACGGGGUUGCUGGAGACAUCUAUAUUGUGCAAUAAGAAGUCUAUAGGAACAUGUGCUAAUGCAUCUGAGUAUGUAUUCUGGGAUGGUUUUCAUCCCUCAGAGGCUACAAACAAGGUUUUGGCUGAUAAUUUGUUAACUGCUGGCAUCUCUCUCAUAUCCUAAUCGAACUCUUUACGGGUCAUAUUUUGCUUUGGAUUUUUUUUCUUUUUUUUUUUGAGUUAUGUGUGGUUCUGCUUUGUAUGAGUUUGGCUUAUGUAAAAGGAGGUUGAAUAUGUUCAAUUGCAAAGCUCAUUAUGUGUUUCAAUUUAUGUGUAAUAACAUCAAUUUGCGUAUAAGCUUCAUGUAAAAUUUCUAUUUAUAUGGGACUUCAAAGCUGCUCAUGCUGGAUUUGU